UACAAGGGCAACAAAAGGGGGAAAAAAUGGCCUCCAGGAGCAGUGGAUUCAUGGUGCAGGCACCAAGCCCAGCAAUAACCCUGGAGAAAAAAAAAAAAAAAACAACUCUAAAAGAAUGCAUGGGUUCACUGGGAACUCUCCUGCCAGGAGUUCCCAUCAGCCCCUAGGGCUCUGAUUACCCACCUGAUGUGAGGCAACUCUAGAAUAUUGUUUAUUCUGCUCCUCCCUGCAGGUGGACAGAUCCUGGCUCCGGAUGGCAUAGUGGAGGAUGAAGUCCAACCCAGCUGGCUCCUCCCCAGAGGCCUGUAAAGCCACAGGGCAGGGCGAGAAGAGCUGCCCUGUCUGCCAGGCGUGGGGAGGGGUCUCGGGCCCAGCGACCGAGUCAGGACGAGUGACUCUGCCUGUGCCCACUGCUGUGUCACAGCCUGGCACGGCUCCAGGACCUGGAUCAGCGCCUGGAGCAGGUUCAGGUUCCGGGUCAGGACUUAAACCGGGGCCUGGUGCUGCUGCAGGACCUGACCCGGGGUCUGGUGCUGCCUCUGGAGUUGGGCCAGGGACCGGGGCUGUCCCCAAGCCAGGCCCCGGAGCAGGGCCAGUACCUGGGCCAAGAGCUGCGCCAUUACCUGGGUCCGGGGUAGAGCCUGGGCCCAGGCGGGGGUCCGGGACUGGGACCACAGUAACGCUCCCAACACCAGCACCGCAGCAGAAGACUCAGACCACUCCCGCAAAGGCUUCCCAGCAGAAGGUCGUGGUGACAGGAGGAGGGGGCUACCUGGGCUUUAGCCUGGGGUCCAGCCUGGCCCAAAGUGGCACUUCAGUCAUCCUGCUUGACCUCCGCAGACCCCAGUGGGAGCUGUCCCCAGGGACCAAAUUCAUCCAGGCUGACAUCCGCGAUGAAGAGGCCCUGUACAGUGCCUUCGAGGGGGCGGACUGUGUCUUCCAUGCAGCCUCCUAUGGAAUGUCGGGUGCUGAGAAGCUGCAGAAAGAGCAGAUCGAGUCUAUUAAUGUUGGAGGCACCAAACUAGUGAUUGAUGUUUGUGUCCGCCGGCGGGUUCCAAGGCUUGUCUACACCAGCACAGUCAACGUCGCCUUUGGCGGGAAACGCAUAGAGCAGGGCAGUGAGGACUCGGUGCCGUACUUCCCCCUGGAGAAGCACUUGGAUCACUACUCGAGAACCAAAGCCAUCGCCGACCAGCUGACGCUCAUGGCCAAUGGGACGCCUCUCCCAGGAGGAGGCACCCUGCGGACCUGCGUGUUGCGGCCCCCCGGGAUCUACGGCCCUGAAGAGCAGAGGCACCUGCCCCGAGUGGCGAGCCAUAUCAAGAAGAGGCUGUUCAUGUUCCGAUUUGGGGACCCGGGGACGCGGAUGAACUGGGUCCACGUGCGCAACCUGGUGCAGGCUCACGUGCUGGCGGCUGAAGCCCUCACCCCCACUAAGGGCUUCGUGGCCAGCGGGCAGGCAUACUACAUCAACGACGGGGAGAGCGUCAACCUCUUCGAGUGGAUGGCCCCACUGUUUGAGAAACUGGGGUACAGCCAGCCCUGGAUCCAGGUGCCUAUUUCCUGGGUUUACCUGACAGCGGCUGUGAUGGAGUAUGUGCACCUCGCCCUGCACCCCAUCUGCAGCAUCCCGCCCCUGCUUACCCGGAGUGAGGUGCGCAGCGUGGCGGUCACGCACACCUUCCAGAUCGCCAAGGCCCGCGCCCAGCUGGGCUACGCACCCGACAAGUUCAGCUUCGCCGACGUGGUGGAGCGCUACGUGCAGUCCACCACCCAGAAGCCCCGCGGCUCCACGGCGUGGACGCUCCUGCGCCUGCUGCUCGGGCUGCUGCUGCUCCUCGGCCUGCUCGCCGGGGCGCUGCACCUGCUGGGCCUGCAGCCGUCCUUCCAGUGACCGUCUUCCCCGGACCCCGCUUCAUCCUCAGGUCUUCGCCCCGCCCUAGAGCCCGGGUGUC